GACACAAACACAUAGCCGGAGAGAUUGAGACGAGAAAAAAACGAGAGAUAUAGAUGAGAGAAAGAUGCUAGAAACUAAACUGAAGAUGAUACUGACUCUACUGUAAACAAUGAACAAUUGGUCUGUGAGAUAGACAGAUAGAGGAGAGGAGGAGGGGUGCACUAAAGGGAGAGACAGAGAGAGACAGAGAGCGGUAUGGCCCUCUUACACGUCUCUGCAGUGAAGCUGCACAUCCUGGACUGAAGAAUAUGCUAGAUAAGAGUGAAGUAUCCACACUGAGUCUGCCACCGUCCGUGAGCCAUGGCGGUUCAGACGGAAACAUCAGCGUGGAGGCGGGUUCGGACGGGGCGGGUGGCGAGGUCCAGAGAACACGAGUGGCGCUGGAACACCUGCAGCAGAAAAUUCUGAAGAUCACCGAGCAGAUCCGUGUGGAACAGGAAGCCCGUGAUGAUAAUGUGGCUGAGUAUCUCAAACUGGCCCACAAUGCUGACAAACAGCAGGCGUCGCGCAUCAAACAGGUGUUUGAGAAGAAGAACCAGAAGUCUGCGCAGACCAUUGCACACCUCCACAAGAAACUUGAGCACUACCACAAGAAACUUAAAGAGAUUGAGCAGAAUGGUCCUGCACGGCAGCCCAAAGAUGUGUUGAGGGACAUGCAGCAGGGGCUGAAAGAUGUUGGCGCUAAUGUGCGGGCUGGAAUCAGUGGUUUCGGAGGGGGUGUGGUGGAAGGGGUGAAGGGCGGAGUCUCUGCACUCACACACACUGCUGUUGUCUCGAAACCACGAGAGUUUGCCAGUCUCAUUCGCAACAAGUUUGGCAGCGCCGACAACAUUGCCCACAUGAAGGACACUCUGGAGGAUGGGCACACAGAGGAGACACCCAGAGCUCUGAGCGGGAGUGCCACCCUCGUCUCCAGCCCCAAAUACGGCAGCGACGAUGAAUGCUCCAGCGCCACCUCUGGGUCUGCAGGUGGCAGCAACUCUGGCGGGGCGGGCGGGGCUAUGUCCGGGAUGGGGGCGACCAUGGGUAGCCCUCGACUGGACGGACACCAUCACCACCACCAUCACCACCACUCGUCGUCUUCCUCUUGGGAUGUGCUACUGGAAGGCCUGCAGGAGAUCAAAGCCAGUCAGGUGCAUAUGGAGGAUGCAAUCGAAGACAUGAAGGCACAGCUUCAGAGCGACUACACCUACAUGACCCAGUGCUUGCAGGAAGAGAGAUACAGGUACGAGCGUCUAGAAGAACAGCUGAAUGACCUGACGGAACUUCAUCAGAAUGAGAUGAGCAACCUGAAGCAGGAGCUUGCUAGCAUGGAGGAGAAGGUGGCGUAUCAGUCGUACGAGAGAGCACGAGACAUCCAGGAGGCAGUAGAGUCCUGUCUGACGCGCAUCACCAAACUGGAGCUGCAGCAACAGCAGCAGCAGGUCGUACAGUUGGAGGGCGUAGAAAAUGCAAACGCCCGAGCAUUGCUAGGAAAACUAAUCAACGUGAUUCUCGCCCUGAUGGCCGUACUGCUGGUGUUCGUCUCCACCAUGGCCAACUUCAUCACACCCCUCAUGAAGACUCGCGCCCGCGUUGGCACCACCCUCGCCCUGGCGCUCUUCCUGGUCACACUGUGGAAACACUGGGACUGGCUGGAGCUCUUUCUGGUGCCCAGCUGAGAGAACCAAUACCAACUUUGUUCUAACUGUGAGGCAUCCCGCCCAUCGUAAUCUCAUGGCAUUGGAAUUUGAUGAGAUUUAAGGAUGUAUAAAAACAACUGAAACAUCCAUCAAUCGAUUUUCUUCAGUCAUUUGGGUGGGCAGAUAUGUGACGUGGGUACUUUAUAGCCCUGCUUUGACGAGAAGGAUAUAGCUGCUGGCAGUAAUAUUGUGUAGGUCCCCCUCGUGCCGCCAAAACAGCGGCAACCUGCAUCUCAGAAUAGCAUUCAGAGAUUAUAUUCUUCUCACCGCAAUUGUACAGAGUGGUUAUCUGAGUUACCGUAGACUUUGUCAGUUCGAACCAGUCUGGGCUGCGUUUCCCAAUAACGAUCGAUCUUAGCAGUUAAGAGCAUAUUCUACGAGACAUUUUACGUACAUUCGUUAUUCUUUAUAUGCGUUUCACAAAACUGCACUUGACAUGCACAUGCAAGAAUGCAUUUUAAGUGCUACUUAAGAGAGUCGCUGUCCAUGUGACAGUACUGAAAUGUGACCAUAUAGUGCUGCUCGUCAUUGUAACUUCAUUAUAUUUGUGCAAUAACUUUACAAUUUGUAAUUUACCUCGCUAAAAUAAAAAACAUUUUUUUUUAAAUAUUCGACCUAAUUAACUGCAUAUUUACAUGUUGUUUUUACAAUAAUUUUGUGCAGAACAAUCUUUUUCUUUUACACAAUCUGCUUCCAUAAUCAGGUGUGCAUUUGUAAUAUUUCAUUUUCACAAAUUCCUCUUGAUAUAAAAGCUUCCAGGAUUAGUGAAGACAGUGGAGGCCCUGUGUGUUGAUCCUGCUAAUUAAAAGCAUUCAUCGAAUAUUAUUCUGUGUUAUUAUGGAGCGCAUAAUAAGGAGACGUUUAGAAGAUGCGCUUUAUGGACAUUCACCAAUAAAGUGGAGGUCUGCUCUUUACUCCCAAAAGUGAUAACUGUGACAGCAAUGCUGCAGGUGUGGUGCGACACAACUUGUAGUGCUGGCAAGAGAGCUAUUGUGUGUCAGAGAGGAGACGAGGAUAAAAGCGUCUGCGAAAUAAAUGCAGGAUGAUGAGUAAAUAUAUACAGACAAUUUUCAUGCAUUUCAUUAUAAUAUAAUAAUAUUAAUUAUUAUUAUUAUUAUUAUUAUUAGACAUGUCUGUUAAAAUAAAAAUAAAUAAACACAUAUAUCCUGAUAUUGAAGUCUCAGCAUAAAGUGUAGCUAUUGGUAUUUAAAUUGUAUAAAGUGUGAUUUUGCGUGAGUCUGUGUCCUUACGAUGCUCUUAGCGGUGUACGAUUACCUCAGAGCACUCCUUAAUCUACGAGCAUUUUCAAGUACUACUUAAGUUAUGAUGCUUUUGUGAAAUGGGCCGCAAAACUAAGAUGAAUCGUAAGUUGGAUUCUACGAUCUACUUAGGUUUACGAUGCUUUUGGAAAACGAAGCUCUAACCAUUCUCUGUUGACCUCUCUUAUCAACAAGGUGUUUCCAUCCACAGAACUGCCACUCACUGGAUGUUUUGUGUUUUUGGCACCAUUCGGAGUAAAUUCUAGAGACUGUUGUGUGUGAAAAUCCCAGAAAUACUCAAACCAGCCCAUCUGGCACCAACAAUCAUGCCACGCUCCAAAUCACUGAGAUCACAUUUUUCCCCAUUCUGAUGGUUGAUGUGAACAUUAACUGAAGCACCUGACCCGUAUCUGCAUGAUUUUAUGCACUGCACUGCUGCCACAUAACUGGCUGAUUAGAUAAUAGCAUGGAUGAUUGUUGGUGCCAGAUGGGCUGGUUUGAGUAUUUCUGGGAUUUUCACGCACAACAGUCUCUAGAAUUUACUCCGAAUGGUGCCAAAAACAAAAAACAUCCAGUGAGUGGCAGUUCUGUGGAUGGAAACGCCUUGUUGAUAAGAGAGGUCAACAGAGAAUGGUAAUCGCUCUAUAAAAUUGUGGUGAGAAGAAUAUCAUCUCUGAAUGCUUUUCUGAGAUGCGGGUUGGUGCUGUUUUGACGGCACGAGGGGGACCUAUACAAUAUUAGAUAGGCGGUUUUAAUGUUGUGGUUGAUCAGUGUAUAGGGAGCCCCUUACCUAACCCUUUCCCUAACCUUAACUGUGAGUGGAAGUGACACCCCCUUUUGGAGAUGGCACAACCCCCUUUCGGAGUAACCUGCCCCUUUCUGUGGUAACUCCGCCCUCUUUUGGAGAUUCCGCAACCAUUUGGAAGUCUCCGGCCUGCAGAUAUAUCACCUUGGCUUUGACAGGGAGAUACUCUACCUGAAGAUGGCGCAGUUUCAGUCUCUUCAGUUCAUGUCUGUUGCAAAGAGAAUUUAUCUUUUUGUUUAGACCUUUGAGCUUUUCUGUCUCUUUGCUUUAGGGAUGGUUCACCUACAAAUAAAAAUAAUGUCAUCAUUCACUUACCCACAUGCCAUUGCAAACACGUAUUACUUUUUUUCUUCCGUGGAAUGCAAAAGCAGAUAUUUUGUUGGUUGUAACCACAUCAGCCACACUUCAAGUGGACAAAACCACCAAAAAAGCACUAUACAACUAUCAUAAAAGUAGUCCAUGACAUGAGCGUGAGUAAACAAUGACAGAUUUUUUAUUUUUGUGUGAACUAUCCUUUAAACUAAUGAAUGUUAAAACUGUUUCUUAGAGCAGGCACAAGAAAUAUGUUCUUCUGUUGAUGCAUGGCUUUACUCUGACACAUACGGUCACAUCUCAGACCAAACAUAAUCACUACUGAAGGACCUUUUACAUGCUAACACCAAAACUGUCUGAGAAAAUGUGUUGAGUUUCAUAUGUUUUGUCUCUGUAAAAUUGAAUGUUAUAUUUGAUCCUCUUUGAAAUUUUUGAAAUAUCUUUUUACAGAGGAUGAAACAAUGUCAUUGUCAUUUAAUUUGUGUGUUUGUAAUGUGAUGUUUGGCAUAGAUUGAACUGGGAGACAGUAGUCAAUAAUCAAUAACCACAUUCGUCAUCAGAACAUUUUUGUAAACACAGUUAUAGUGUGACACGCUCAAUCACAACGGCAUGAUCAUAUUUCUCAUGUUUCUACCCGUUUGCUAAAAAUCACAACUCUACUGUAUUCUUAAUAAAG